AUGGACUCCAACACAACGGCGGACUGCCCGUCCCUUCCCUGGCGGGCUUUCAGCAACACAACUAUGUGGGGAGUGGCGGGUUUAUGCCGCGGAUUUCUCUCGGCGAUGUGCCAUGCAGAAUGCCACGGGAAGGAGGAGUUUACUCAGCUAUUGGACUCGCGCAAAGAUUCGUCACAACGAUCAAAAGGAUUAAUUACAGUUUCAAAUCAUAUCAGCGUAAUGGAUGACCCUUUACUUUGGGGUAUACUGCCAAUGCGAUUCUGGAAUAAACGGUGGUCCUUUGGAAGCUAUGAUAUCUGCUACCAAACGAGGCCCCUGUCUCUUUUCUUCACCAUGGGCAAGGUCUUACCCUGCCAUCGUUCCGCACACUCCAAAUUCGGCGGCUUAGGUCAACCGGCCAUGACUGAGGCCAUUCGUCUGUUAUCCAAGGGCCCGUUCCCUGUCGACCAUCACCGCGCUGCCCCCGAGCUCCAGCGCUGGAGCCGGCAAAACGUUUGUGUCGACCCAUUUUCCGACCUUUCCGUCGCCUACACCACCGAUGGUGAGGAUUCCCACCUUGCACCUUCAGCAUACUCCUGCAAUUCAAAUUCGUGGGUCCACAUCUUCCCCGAAGGCAAGAUUCAUCAAUCACCAAGAAAAACGAUGCGAUACUUCAAGUGGGGAAUCGCACGUCUUAUUCUCGAGCCUCAGGAAUGUCCGGACGUGGUCCCGAUGUGGAUUGAAGGGUUUGACGAUGUGAUGCAUGAAAGUCGAGAGUUCCCGCGCUUCCUCCCCCGGCCUGGCAAAGAAGUCAGCGUGACAUUUGGCUCCAAGGUGGACACGGAGAGUGUAUUUGGGGAGAUGAGAUCUCGGUGGCGCAAGCUGAGAGCAAAGGUCGAAAAGAGUAACCCCGAUUCCCGAGAUUUGCCCGUGGGUGUCCUAAGCGACGAACUGUUGACCCACAAGGAAGCGGUUGAGCUACGGAAAGAGGUCACUUUGAAGGUUAGAAACCUUGUGCUGGAAGUUCGCCGCUCGCGUGGCUUGCCUGACGAAGAUCCUAAGGAGGGCUUGGUCGAUACUUGGCUAGAGGAAGGCCACAAGCGCGAGGGCCACAUGAAGGAUGACUCCUGGGUCCGUGACAUCUAA